CAAAAUAACAAUGAAACGAGUUUUUAAAGCCUACCUUUAAGCUUUAAUGAACCGAAUUAAAACUGUGCGCCAACAAAAAGCGUCCAAGAAAUAUUUACAAACAAAAUAUGUAAUAUCAAAAACUAAAACCAAAAACAACACUAACCGAUCUAAACAAAAGAGUAAACAAAAACCAAAGGAAAAAUCGCAAAAACUUAUUCUCCAAAGAUCCGACAAACGCGUCAUAGUGGUGAAGAGAAAUAAGCAAACGCCACGCAAAACAAAAUAAACAAACCGCAAAAAGAGAAACAUAACACAACUCUGCUCAAAAUGUUUGGCGAACGCAAUGUAUUUGCUGCCGGCAGCAACAGUGGCGCCGCGAACAAUAGCAACAAGCUACACUGUGGUGAACAGCGAAAUGCCGGUGAUGAUGACAAAACAGCAAUGCCGAGUGAUUACUAUCAGCAACAAGAACCGUACGACGAAAACUUUGACGAAGACAUGGAAGCAGAACGAGAUCUUGCUGAAGAUGCACAAUGGAAAAAAAUUCAACAAAAUACUUUCACACGCUGGGCUAAUGAACAUCUAAAAACAAUCGAUCGUUCCAUAAAUAAUUUGGAAACUGAUCUUUCCGAUGGUCUGCGCCUGAUUGCGUUAAUUGAAGUCUUAUCGCAAAAACGUAUGCCGAAGCAUAAUAAACGCCCAUCAUUCCGUAGUCAGAAAUUAGAAAAUGUAUCUGUCGCACUUAAAUUUCUAGAGGAUGAGGCCAUCAAAAUAGUCAAUAUUGACUCUUCAGAUAUUGUAGAUUGUAAAUUGAAGUUAAUACUUGGUUUAAUAUGGACACUUAUUUUGCAUUAUUCAAUCUCAAUGCCAAUGUGGGAUGGCGAAGAUGACAACCAAAUCAAUGGUUCAGGUCCCACGCCUAAACAAAGACUACUCAAUUGGAUACAUGCCAGAAUACCAGAUAUGCCAAUUAAUAAUUUCACAAAUGAUUGGACCUCAGGUAAAGCAGUUGGUGCCUUAGUCGAUGCCUGCGCACCAGGGUUAUGUCCCGAUUGGGAAAUGUGGGAUCCAAAAGAUGCUGUUCAAAACGCUUCCGAAGCAAUGGGUCUUGCAGAUGAUUGGUUGAAUGUACGUCAGCUAAUCAAACCCGAAGAAUUGGUCAAUCCAAAUGUUGAUGAACAAUCUAUGAUGACUUAUUUAUCACAAUAUCCAAACUCUAAACUCAAACAAGGUGCACCAUUACGUCCUAAAACGAAUCCAAACAGAGUACGUGCUUAUGGUCCUGGUAUUGAACCUAUUGGUCCAGUUGUGGGUGCUCCAGCUAACUUUAUCGUAGAGACAUUUUCCGCUGGCAAAGGUGUCGUUGAUGUUGAUAUUAUUCAUCCCGAUGGUGAAAUCGAAAAGGCUGAGGUACGCUUUAAUAAUGAUAAGAAUCUCACUUAUAGCGUUUCAUAUAUACCCAAAAUGGAAGGCGAUUAUAAAGUUAUUGUGAAAUAUUCUGGUCGAGAUAUACCAAAAAGUCCGUUCACAAUUAAAGUUGAAGGUCAUGCCGGUGAUGCUUCAAAAGUAAAAGUUACUGGACCAGGCAUACAGCCAGCUGGUGUUACUAUUACAAAACCAACAUUCUUUGAUAUACUUACCAAAGGUGCUGGCCGCGGUGUGCCAGAAGUAAUUAUAAUUGAUCCUGCCAAUCACAAAACAUCGGUGGCUGCCAAGGUUCGCCAACUGGAGGAAAAUGUUUGGCGUUGUGAAUAUGUUACCGCUUUACAAGGUUUACAUUCGGUUAAUGUAUUUUAUGCUGGUACACCAAUACCAAACAGUCCUUUCCCCGUUAAAGUUGUUCCUUUAUCUGAUGCACGUAAAGUACGCGCUUCUGGACGUGGUUUACAAGCAACCGGUGUGCGUGUUGGUGAUGAUGCUGACUUUAAAGUAUACACUGAAGGUGCCGGUGAGGGUAUACCUGAAGUACGUGUUAUUGGUCCAGGUGGUAUGAACCAAAAUGUUGCACUUACGAAAGUUGAUGGUACUACAUACGAGUGUCAUUAUUAUCCCACUAAGGAAGGUCGUUAUGUUGCUAUGGUGACAUUCGCUGGUCAAGAGGUACCAAAAUCACCCUUUGAAGUUAAAGUUGGGCCCAAAAAAGAAUCAUCAAUUGUUGCGUAUGGUCCCGGUUUAACUGGUGGUGUUAUUGGUUAUCCAGCUGCGUUUGUAGUAGAAACAAAUGGUGAAACUGGUGCACUUGGUUUCACUGUUGCUGGUCCAUCACAAGCUGAAAUUGAAUGUCACGAUAAUGGUGAUGGCUCCGCAUUGGUUAAAUACCAUCCUACUGCUAUCGGUGAAUACGCUGUGCAUAUACUUUGCGACAAUGAAGAUAUACCAAAAUCUCCAUUUAUUGCACAAAUUCUACCGCGCACCGAUUUCCAUCCCGAAUUGGUUAAAAGUUAUGGUCCAGGUUUGGAAAAGAAUGGUCUUACAAUUGGACAGCCUACUAGUUUUACUGUAGAUACUAGCAAAGCUGGUUCGGCACCAUUAGAUGUUUUUGUUCAAGAUGUUUAUGCUAAUAAGAUACCAGUUGAAGUUUUUAAUAAUCCAGAUGGUACUAAAAAAUGCACAUAUACACCUACAACUGGAGUACCACAUACUGUAGAAAUAAAUUAUGGUUGCGUGGCUACACCAAAUUCUCCGCACCGUAUUUAUGUUGGCGUUCCCGUUGAUGCUAAUAAAGUGCAAGCUUUCGGACCUUGGUUGCAACCUGGUGUUCGACCCAAUAUUGCCACCCAUUUCAAUGUAGAUGCACGUGAUGCAGGUGAAGCCGAACUGAAAGUUAAAAUUUUACACGAAGACACCAAAGUUGAGAUACCAUGCCGCAUAAUUGAUAAUGAGGACAGUACAUACUCUGUUGAAGUGAUCCCACCAACUAAAGGUGCCUACACCACGACAAUGACUUAUGGAGGACAACGUGUGCCACUAGGACAAAAAGUUGUCGUUGAACAGACUGUCGAUGUAUCCAAGAUUAAAGUUGACGGUUUAGAACCAACUGCACCAUUGAAUAGUCUUCAGCAGUUUCGUAUUAUCACAAAUGGCUUGCCAAAGGCGGAUCUUGCAGUUACAAUUACAAGUCCUUCGGGUAGUCGCGUCAGAGCUCAUGUAAUACCAACUGCAGAAGGAUUUCUGGUCAAUUUUACUCCAACACAAAUUGGCGAAUAUUUACUGAAGAUAUGUUUUGGUGGUACGCCUAUAACACCACGUCCAUUUCGAUUGCAAUGUCUUACUGGCAGUGAUUCAAAUAAAGUUCGCGCUUUUGGCCCUGGCUUGGAACGUGGCAUUGUUGGACAGCCAGCAGAAUUUAUGAUUGAUACACGUGGUGCCGGUCAGGGCGGCUUAGGAGUGACAGUCGAAGGACCUUGUGAGGCUGCUAUAAAUUGUCGAGAUAAUGGAGACGGUACUUGCAAUGUAGCAUAUUUACCAACAGAAGUUGGUGAUUAUACAGUUAAUAUCACAUUCAACGAACGUCAUAUAAGUGGUUCUCCAUUUCAACCGAUCAUAGUACCGUUACCAAAUCUGAAUAAUACUCGUGUUAGUGGUAUCGGUAUUCAACCACAUGGUGUUAUAAUGAACGCCCCAACUGAUUUUAUGGUUGACAUGAGUAAGGUUGGCAGCAAUAUUGAUUCAAACAAACUUUCAUGUGCAAUUUUCGAUCCAAAGGGUAACGUAUUGCCUAGCAAAAUUGUGCCAAUGCCCAAUGAAGAUAUCUUCCGUAUAAUGUAUACACCAUUUGAAGCUGGACGUUAUACCAUCGAAUUGAUGUAUGAUAAUAUACCUGUACCAGGUUCUCCAUUUGUUGUACAUGUAAAGAGUGGUUGCGAUCCUUCUCGUUGUAAAGCCUAUGGACCAGGCCUGGAAAAAGGUCUUACCAAUCAAAAUAAUAAAUUCACUGUAGAGACGAAAGGUGCCGGUAAUGGCGGCUUAUCAUUGGCUAUUGAAGGUCCUUCGGAAGCUAAAAUGACUUGUACAGAUAAUCGUGAUGGCAGUUGUGAUGUAGAUUAUUUAGCUACAGAUCCUGGCGAAUAUGAUAUAACAAUACGUUUUGCUGACAAGCAUAUACCUGGAUCCCCAUUUAGAGUUAUUGUUGAAGAAACUGUAGAUCCCUCUAAGGUGAAAGUAUAUGGACCCGGUAUUGAGCAUGGAGAGGUUCGUGAAGCUGUACCAACAUAUUUUAAUGUAGAUGUUGGCGAAGCUGGACCCGGUCGCAUAGCAGUUAAACUAACAAACUCCGAAGGUAUACCUGUGGAUAAUUUGAGAGUAGAAGAUAAAGGCAAUGGCAUCUAUGCUGUUCAUUAUGUACCUCCAAAACAGGGCUCCGUUUUGACUUGUCAAGUUAAAUUUGCUGAAGUUGAAGUGCCAUUCAGUCCAUUUGUUAUGACCGUAUUCCCUAAGUCUGAACCUAAAAAAGUAACAAUUAAAGGUGUAAAUGAAAAGAAAAAAACACCGGCAUCAUUGCCCGCAGAAUUCGAAAUCGAUACAAAGAAAGCUGGACAAGCUGAUAUUAAUGUUGCCAUUAAAAAUCCGAAAGGAAAAGCUCUAGUACCACGCUUAGAAGAAGUUGGUAGCGGUACUUAUGUAGUUUCUUUUGUGCCUGACGAAUGUGGCACUUAUCAUGUUAGCAUUAAAUAUGGCGAUAAGGAAAUAGAAGGUUCACCUUUCAAACUCGAAGCAUUCCCUACGGGCGAGGCUAAGAAAUGUAAAUUAGUCGAAGAGGCACCAAAAAUUCAACCUUCUGGUAGCAAGAGUCAUUUAUCAGUUGAUGCUAGAGAAGCAGGCAAUGGUGCGGUUACCUGUAAAAUAACUUCAAAGUCUGGCAGGGAAAUUGUUGAUAUCGAUGUUAUUGAAAAAGACGGUUUCUUUGAUAUUUAUUAUGCACUAAACGAUCCUGGCGAUUAUGAUAUAAAUGUUAAAUUCGGUGGCAAGGACAUACCGAACGGUAGCUUCUCAAUUAAGGCUGUUGAAAGCGUCGACGAACACACACACAGUGAAUAUAUAGAGGAACAUACAAAGAUUGUGAAAUCUACCACUCAGACUACUGAACAUCUUGUAAACGGUAAAUCCGAAUCAAUAACCUAUAGACCCGUUGCACUCGAAAAAUUACCCUUACCUACCACCGGAGGAAUCAUUGUUGUUGGGAGACCCAAGAUGUGUGGACCCUCAAGUUUUCAAGGAAAACAUACAACAAAACCAAAGCUAGUGGGUUUAUGA